AUGGCUGCCUGCCUCAGGGCAGGCAACAGGAGCCUUACGGUGGGCAGGCAGGACAGUCUUGGUCGCUGGAGAGGUGGCAGCUAUCCCAGCAGAUCUUCCCUGAAGGGGUUUGAUGUGGAUCGCCUCGGGCCCGGGUGGUGUGAUGUGCUACGGCCAUCAUGGAGGCCAUGGCAGCAGCGGUGGCGGCAGCACCGUUUGCGCUGCAGUGACUGUCCAGUCCCUUGUGAUGUCCCAGUGGUGGCAACAGCUGAGCUCUGUAUGAAAAGCAGGUUGCGAUGUUGGGGUCCACAGCCCCCUGGGGCGAGAGAUGGUAUGGGAAAUCUGAGAGUCACCAAGAAGGGAAUCCGACUUGAAGGUAUAUCUGAGUUUCUACUUCCAUUGUAUGUGAAAGAAAUUCAUUCCCGAAAGGAUAGUCCACUGGUCUUACAGUCUGACAGAAAUGUAACAGUGAAUGCAAGAAAUCACAUGGGGCAGUUAACUGGACAGCUGACAGUAGGAGCUGAUGCUGUGGAAGCUCAGUGUAAAAGAUUUGAAGUGAGAGCCAGUGAAGAUGGCAGGGUGCUGUUUUCUGCAGAUGAAGAUGAGAUUACCAUUGGGGCUGAAAAGCUGAAAGUUACAGGUACUGAAGGAGCAGUAUUUGGACACUCUGUGGAGACACCUCACGUCAGAGCAGAGCCAUCCCAAGACCUCAGGCUUGAAUCACCGACUAGAUCCUUGAUUAUGGAAGCUCCUCGUGGGGUUCAGGUGAGCGCUGCUGCAGGAGACUUCAAGGCCACCUGCAGAAAGGAGCUCCAUUUACAGUCUACAGAGGGGGAGAUAUUUUUAAAUGCAGAUACAAUCCGGCUGGGAAAUCUACCAACCGGCUCCUUUUCAUCAUCUUCACCCAGCUCCUCAAGUUCUCGACAGACAGUGUAUGAACUCUGCGUCUGCCCCAAUGGCAAACUUUACCUUUCCCCAGCAGGAGUAGGUUCCACUUGUCAGUCCAGUAGCAACAUCUGCUUGUGGAACUGA